UGUCCUGAAGAUUACUUGUCACUCGGCAACAAGUCGUGGGCCUUUUUGCAUACGAUGGCCGCCUACUUCCCGCGCGACCCGUCCGCGGCAGACCGCAAGGACAUGGCCGAAAUGAUGCGUCUGGUUGGGCGCUUCUACCCUUGUCGCGACUGUGGCGAACAUCUCGGGCAUUAUAUUGAGGCGCAUCCUGUGGAUGCCUCAUCUGGGCCAGCCUUUGCACGCUGGCUUUGUGGCGCCCACAAUGACGUCAACGAGCGGUUGGGCAAGCCCAUUUUUGACUGCGAUCAAGUCGAGGAGCGCUGGCACACGGGCUGGAAAGAUGGCAGUUGCGAUUGA